CACAAACGUUCCAAACGCUCAUCCUGCAGUGUGCACUUACCCUAUUUCUAUAGGCACUGCCGCAAGUACUGGUUUGAACGCUUUGUGAUGAGCCGAAUGACACUGGCGCUCGCCACAGGGCCACAGCUGCCAGGUGCAACACUGGCCAAGACUGUCGUCCGCUCAACCGUUACACCAAAAGGCAGUGAUACUGAAAGCUUAUGUUUCAGUAUCGCAGACAGUAUUGAUAUAGAUUAUGGGAACUCUAGUAAGCCAGCGUGCUUACACCAGGUUUCCUUGGAACUUGUUAUUCUUAUCACUCACUAGCGCUGCACUGGUGGACGAGAAUUUGCCGGGUCAUCGACAGCGAGCCUCACUUGUUCCCUGUAUGUCUUAUUGUUCUGCCUUUAUUUUGCAAUUCUGUUUAUUAUCACAUUCUAAUACGUAUUUUUGCCUGUCUGACUAUGAAUCCUAUACUUCGUCAGGCGCGCCAUGAAAGUUCGAAGAG